AUGUUGAAGUUCCUGCACAGCUCUGGAACCCCCAACUUCCGGACCGUUGGUCUCCUCGACCAGCUUUUCCGCGAGCAGAGACUCACUGCUCUCAUCUUCUUGUGCACUUCCAAAGAAGCGGACAAUCUUGGCCGUUUCUUGAAUGAGCUUUUGCGUGAUCUUACUAGGUGGCAUGCCGACAAGGCAGUUUACGAGAAAGAGGCAUUCGGUACCAAGAGAGACCUUCCUGGCUUCGCCAAAAAUGUCGAUCCCGAAGGUGUGCCAGUGAUGUUCUUGGAAUUCGAAGACUUCCGCCGUCUGUUGUACAAAUGGCACCGUUUAUUUUCCAACGCGCUGAAGAGCUGUCUCAACAGUGGCGAAUACAUGCAUAUUCGAAACGCAAUCAGUGUGCUCAAGGCUGUUGUGAAGCAUUUCCCUGCUGUGAACUGGAUUGGUCGCGAUAUCUUGAACUGCGUUGACCACCUGAGCAAGAACGAUGAGCGAGACGAUGUGAAAAUUCCUGCCGCGUCUUUGAUCGGUGACCUCAACCGGCGUGAGAAGCAGUGGAUGCUGCCACAGGCCUUCUAUUUUGUGGCAGCUCAGCCUGGUUCUCAGACAUCUGCCGACGCAGUUGGAAAGCCCGGGACCCCGCAACGUUCUGCCACACCCUUGAAUGCCUCAGCCCCAGAGUUUAACCCCGCUGGAUCCUCAAUCUCCGAUGGUAUUUCCAAGCAGGAACAGUCUGGCAAGACUGAAGUCGAGGAUGGUGAAAUCGAGGAUGCGAAAAUGACCGAUGUGGGUGCAGGGAAGGUUGGUGAAGCCAAGCCAACCAGAACACCCUCUCAGGCCGGAUCUACCACGCCUUCCGUGGUCACUGGAGAUACCGGCCAAGACGGUACAUCCGGUGAACAACCCCGUGUGCGAUCUCGACCAACUUCUCGUGCCCCCACUUCGUCCCGCCAGCCUGAUAUUCCCAAAAGACCUGAUAUUCGUCAACAAGUUCAUCCUCCCGUUCGUCCCCGCCGCGACACAGCGAUGGAAGACUCCCUCCGCGCCCUGAAGGAUUGGAUGAUCGACGAGAGAGACAUCCCGACUUUGGACCCCGCGGUCGUCAUGGUGGUCCUGAUCAUAACCGCUCCUUUGAUGGUUCUCUAG